AUGGCCAAAGUUUAUGUCGGCAAUCUGAGCUGGAGUACGACUGACGAUGGACUCGCGCAGGCGUUUAGUCCGUAUGGUCAGCUUACUGACUAUAUUGUCAUGAAAGAUCGAGACUCUGGUCGCUCCCGCGGUUUUGGUUUCGUUACUUUUAUGACUCAGCAGGAGGCCGAUGCUGCCAUCAUGGCCCUCAACGAACAGGAGCUAGAUGGUCGUCGCAUUCGAGUCAACAUGGCAAACUCGCGCCCCCCUAUGGUGCAUGGAGGCAUGACGGGGGCAAGCCUCGGAUACAGCGGCUUGACCGGUGGCUAUGGUGCUGGUGCUUACGGCGCCGCGCAACCUGCCUACACUGCGUAUGCGCAGCCUGCCGGAUUCGGUUAUGGUCAUCAAGCAGCAUAUCCCGCUUAUCAGCAACAACCUUAUGGUGCACAGCCAGCUGCAUUCCCCCCAACCCCUGGAUUCGCACCUCAGCAGACUGUUUACCCGUACGGUGCGCAACAAUUUCCUCCCCCCGCCCAAGGCUACCAAGGGCAACCUUCGCCUAGUGUGCCAGGGUAUGGAAGCCAAGGAUAUUAA